AUGCCUCCUCUUUCCAAAACUCCCGGUUUUCCGGGCUUGGUCCCCUUCGCCUUGCGCAUCCUCGUCGCCCUCCUUGCCCUUCUCGACCUCACAACCGCCUACACCGAACUCUCCGACGAUGCCCUCCGCGGAAUCCCAUCAGCUGGCUCUGAUUUCGACAUUAAAGAUGGCGCCCUCCUCGCGCCCAUUCUGAUCCCCCGAGUCCCCGGUACCGAGGGCUCCCGGAUUGUCCAAAAACACUUCGUCGACUUCUUCCAGACGAACCUCCCCGACUGGAAGAUUGGAUUCCAAAACACGAGCGCGACCACGCCGACGUCGGGCAAGAAGAAAAUCCCCUUCGUUAACCUCGUUUUUAGGCGAGAUCCGCCUUGGGCCUCCGAGGGAGACGUCAGCCGUCUGACUCUUGUUGCGCAUUACGAUAGCAAGGUUGAACCCAAGGGCUUCAUCGGCGCGACGGAUAGUGCUGUCCCGUGCGCCGUGCUACUUCAUGCUGCCCGAAGUAUCGAUGCGGCGCUUACGAAGAAGUGGGCUAAUAUGGUCGCGAACGGAGAGGCCGGCUCUGGGUUGGAGGAGGAGAAGGGCGUUCAGAUUCUAUUCCUCGAUGGCGAGGAGGCCUUCGUUGCUUGGUCGGCUACCGAUUCUCUCUACGGAUCAAGGGCCCUUGCAGAGGCCUGGGAAGGCGAGUUCUACCCCGCCACAUCAAACUUCAAGAACCCCCUCCGCUCCAUCAGCCUCUUCGUCCUCCUCGACCUCCUCGGCUCGACGACCCCAUGGCCCCGCGUGUCAUCCUACUUUCUAACUACACAUUGGGCCUACCAAGCCAUGGCCAAGGUCGAGAAGCGCCUGAGAGACCUCGGUCUCCUUCAAACCAAACUCCCGCCUACCGCCGGCCUCUUCCUCCCCGACUCCAACAAGAAAUCCAAUGCUUUCACUCGCGGAUACAUUGAGGACGACCACAUCCCAUUCAUGGCGCGUGGCGUAGAGAUCUUGCACAUCAUUCCCUCACCGUUCCCGGACCAGUGGCACGACUCGAAGGGAAUCCCCGACGAUGGCGAGCACCUCGAUAUCCCGUCGAGUGACGAUUGGGCUAAGAUCGUCACUGGUUUCGUCGCGGAAUGGAUGGAGCUCGAUAGCUACCUACCGAAGAAGGCUGGGGACAAGAGGUCUGUCAAGACAGAACUAUGA